AUGUCCUUGUAUCCCGUAUACAUAGGUAUUUGGACGAACUGGAGCGAUGGAUCCAAGGUUCUCACCGUCGGCCGCAAUGACGGCCCGCUUCUCAUCAGCGCCAUCGCCCUGUUUGUCGGCUUGUCGAUCGCCAAGUCUGAGACUGGCCCCCAUCACGCAUUGCAGGUGCUGCUUCGCAACUCGACUAGUAGCGCGUCCUCGCUGUGGGCAUUCGUCAUCGUGUCUUGGCCUGGCGUCACAGCAAGGUCGGCGCCGCACCAUCUUGGCAUAAAUGCUCGACCCAAUUCCCGCUUGCGCUUCCGCAUGGCUAUCACCUGCGCGCCGAUUCUUGCCGAAGAGCGCCACUCUUCCAACCGGACACACACUCCUCCUAGACCGUGCUUCUCCACCGACGACGCAUACUGGUAUUACUACCUAGGACCGACUUCAUACGGCAACUUCACCUUGGUAGCGUUUGACUCGGCGUACUAGGAUCCGAACAAUAAAAACCCAUACAACUUAUGGACUAUGAAAGCUUGGGCAGGAUACAAUGACGGCUUGGUCCGCUCCUAGUUUUCCCCCACCCUCAGUGACGCCGACCUGACCCUAUUGUGCUUGGCC